UCGGGUCUGAAGCUUUGGCUCGGAUGAUUUUCUGCUGGGGUCCUUCCUCUCUUCUGCUGCCAUGGAGUUGCCCCUGUACGCGCCUCUGGGUUCGAUGUAUGUAUGUAUGUAUUGUGGCAUCCAAGGGAUGACCCAAGCAUUUGAAACCAUGUAUCCUGAAGGAGACAGAGCUACGCAGAUUGUUCCAUGCGGUCGAAGUGCAGCUCUAGCGGAUCAAUUGCCUUUACAAACCAGCUGGCAACCAUCGAUUCAGUUUGGGACAGUUGCGUUGCGGAAAAGGCCUGAGGUGCAGCGUAUCCAAUUCCCCAGCUUGUUAAGUGCAUGCUCACUUGUAAAUAUACUUGUAAACACAGCGGCGAGGAGAGCAGAAACACAAGUGUUAUUCCUUUAACUUCCUAGGGGGAAAAAGCGGAGAAGAUCAGACCCCAGCCUUCAUGUCAGGGAAGAUGCUACCACUCUUCGUUUCAAAUAUAUAUAUAUAUAAAUAUAUAGAUGCUACCACUGCCGGUAGACAAAGAAAAAAAAACUCUCUGAACUUUCCAGCCCAUUGCUUAGCUGAUGCCGUUGGUACGAGUCGUGCACGUUUCACCAGAAGCAUCCUAUUUGCACCAGGGCAAAUUCAAAUUCCAAGAGACAACCUGCGGCUCUGAAAGAAUGGAAAGUGCCAAUCCUGCUGUCUAGCAGGAGGCUGCUGAGGCAACAAGUGAAGCCAUCAACAGCGAGGAGAAUUUUCAUACCCAUCGCUUGCUGAUGUCGUCUAAUAUGAAUUCAAGAUCCUCGGUGUGCCGUCCAUGCAAUUGUGGUCAAAUGGCUUUGGCUGACACAAGAAUUGCUUAUCAACCUGAUGUUGACAAGCAUGCUGGAGUUCUGGCCUAUGAACUGCUCCAAGGGAACCUUGUACAGUGGAAUUCAUUUAUGGACAAAUCAAUACCUGAUCCACCAACAGUUGUUCUCCUUCAUGGCAUCCUUGGGAGCAGGAAAAACUGGGGUUCUUUUGCAAUGAGGUUGGCUCAGGAAUUCCCAAUGUGGCAGGUCAUUAUAUCUAUAGUUCUGAUUAUGGUCUGAAAUUCUGAAUUGCUCAACAACGCAGGAACUAACAAGGAUGAAUAUUUGUUCUCUGAUGCCUUUGGUCGAAAUAGAAUAUUUGUUCUCUUCAUGCAGUUUCUCUUGGUUGAUUUGCACUGCCAUGGCGACUCAGCAUCAAUUAAGAAGUGCGGACCACACACUGUUGCCUCAACUGCUCUUGAUGCUCUAAAGCUGGUUUGUAGCUUCUUGAAAAUUAUGCCUUGCCC